UGGGCCGAGAGUGGGCUGGCUUGACCGGCGACUUAUUCAGUUGAUCGCCGGCGAGUAGUAGAGCUUGAAGAAGAGUUACGAAACAAAAUGGAAUCGAGAGUUAGCUAAUCUAUCUUUCUCUCUUCCCUUCUCACUCUCACUUCGAAAAAACAACCGAUGGGUAGCAAACGCGGGAGAUCGGUGAUAGCCGCGACCUUCAUCUUCUUCGCGAUCUCAUGUUUGAAUUCCAUCUCAACUACUCAGGUUGGAACAAGCAUGUUAGAUUCGGACACGUUUUGUAUCUCCGACCAAUACAUCAUGCAGUCUUAUUUCACGACACAGAGCUCCUUAAACGAGUCAGAGUUUCGAAACUUCCUGCGUCUUCAACAAUGUUCUGAGAACAUUCCUUAUGAAAAAGAUGUUCCUGUUGUAGCAAUGCUACAACACAGAGAGGUAGCAGGUGAAGGUUCGCAUCGUCAUCUACUUACAACCAUCGGGCUUCGUCAGUCUCACCUUCACGAGCUUGUGAUCGUUGAGCGGUUGCCUUUGGGUGUUUUUGCUGACCCUUUCGAGCUUCAGAGUCUUCAGCAACGCAGAGCUUUCAGUGAUGUUUCUGUGUUUGGAGACACUGAUCUCGAGCAGCCUUCGUUCAGAUCAAACAGGUCUGUCGUUGAGAUUCAUGUCGAAAUCAAUGGGAAUGGUGAAAUCAGCGUUGAGCUUCCUUUACAUGCUCGCUAUCAGCCUAUUGGGGAGAGUGGAUACUCUAGAGUGGAGUUUGUAGAGCCAGACUUGUUCUUGUGCUCUAGAUAUGUACCAGACCAGGAACAUGAACAGAGGAGAUGCUUGGUUUUGUCAGUAGGCAGAUCAAAGACCCAAACCAGAUCCGUUGUCUGGGAUAUCCCUGCUGGAAUCAGAAGUCAUACAGAGUAUGUUUCUGUUAUUACAUUUGUGGCUGCGGUUUUAUCCGCAUUUUCAAUCCUUGUUGCAUCUGUAUUGAGCUCAAAGGUUGAAUCUUGUAAGAACACAAAGGAGCUAUGAUAUAAGCGUUUUGUUCUUCUUUGUGAUAGUCACGGGACUUUUUGUGAUUCCUCUUAAAUCUCAAUAACAUUUGGGAAACA